AUGUCAGAGCUAUUCGCGCCUCUCAAGGUCGGAGGCAUGCCGCUCAACCAGCGCAUCGCCAUGGCCCCGAUGACUCGGCUUCGCGCCGAUGUUUCGAACCUUCCAUUGCCUUCGGUUAAAAGUUACUACCAACAGCGUGCUAACGUACCGGGAUCUCACAUUGUCACCGAGGUCACCGUCAUCAGCCCUCGGCACGGUGGUUACGCCAACGUUCCGGGAAUCUACAGAAACGAAAAGAUCGCUGCUUGGAAGGAAGUCACGACCGCAAUUCAUGAGAACGGGUCUUAUAUCUUUCUUGCAGCUUUGGGCCCUGGGUCGCGCGGCCAACCCGCAAUUCUUGGCAGAACGGGUCACAGUUUGGUCUCCAGCAGCGACGUCCCUAUGAAAAGUAAAUUCACCGAUGAGAUGCAUAGACCUAAUCAAUUGACGGUGCUUGGGAUCCGAGAAGCCAUCUCGGACUUCACGGCUGCUACGGAGAAUGCCAUACUGGCCGGAUUUGGUGGCGUGGAAAUCCAUGGUGCCAAUGGAUACUUAGUCGACCAAUUUAUCCAAGACGUCAGCAACCAGCUGACCGACAAAUGGGGAGAAGAAAAAGAAAACAGAUCUAGGCUUGCCACGGAGGUGGCUUGUGUGGUAGCUAAGGCAAUUGGUAGUGAUUCCACCGCGAUUCGUCUGAGCCCCUGGAGCCGAUACCAAGGGAUGCGGAUGGAGGAUUCGAUCCGGCAAUUCCCCGAUGUUGCCCAGAGGCUAGCUGAACUGAAGCUGGCAUAUCUGCAAGUUUGUGAAUUAGACGUCAAGGAUAAGGAGGAACGUAUAAAGUGGUUGCUUGAGGCAUAUGGCAAUGGUAGCCCCGUCCUAAUAGCAGGUAACUACAAUAUACAAUGGCGAAUUGGCUCAAAAUGCCGUCGACGCCAAGUACGCAGACCAUGA